GUGCGUCGAGAUGGACGGCUUACCUCGGCCUCGCGAUAAUAUCGUCGCGGACGAUCUUCAACACCUCGUAGAGAGGUUUUACCCGGCCUCGCUAAGGAAUGACUAAAUGAGUUGGAUCUGAGCCAUGCCCUGAGGCAGGUCGCUGGCCUGUGUGGGCCCCCCCCCAUACGGAGCAAUAAUACAAAGGAACUAUUCCUUUCCUAUCAAAAUGAGCUGGAUCACAUAGGGAAUCGAGAGGAGGCUGUGGGCGUAGAACUAUGGUGGAUUUGCUUCCCUGUAAACAUCAAGAUCCUCCAUCUUCCCAAUCGCUCUUCUUGGUCUCGACGAUGGAGACCUUGAAACCAUGGCGGCGACGACAUCGGAUCUGGGCUGCGAUUGCAACGCCGGGUUCCAAUGGCAGCGGCAGAUGCGGCUGCGGCGACGAAGAAUUGAAUGCGGCGGCGACCGAGGCGUGGCGCCCCGCGACGAGGAUCUUCGAACGGAGAAGGGAGCGUCUCGCGGGAGUCAUCGGCGGUGAGCAUCGGGGUUCGGCUGCUGGAUGCGUGUUUCCUCGUCGCCGGCUGCAUAGAUCUGAUGCACAGAUCUGCUGCGGGGGUUGCUGGUCGCCGGUUCACCGUCCGAAGCUUGCCGCUGCUGCGCUCGCCGGAGUGAAGGGGUCGUCGGAACUUCAAGGACCGUAGCCGCCACUCUCGUUCGUGAUUUAGUCCGGCUCGGAUAGCAGGUGAAAGGCCGCGGCUAGCACCAGUCGCAGCACCUCUGAUAGAAUGGAGCUGCCGGCGCAGAUCCGGGGUCGUCAAUUGAGUCCUCAGAUGACGAAUCUGCGGCAGAUCUACGGCGAGGCUCUCCCGUCGUGCUUUGAAGCCGGCGGUGGUCUUCUUUGUGCCAAUGGCAGAGCUGGUCGGUG